GUAGAGCAAGAGUUCGAAAUUGACGAAGUGGUUGAAGUAAAUAAUUGGAACAAAUUAACAGGCGGCACAGAAUGGUUAUUAGCAAAAAUUGUAAAAAUCGAAAAUGGAGGUUAUGAAGCUAAAAUAAUAAAUAAGUUCACUUUUUGGCGCAAAGUUUUUUCGGUGUUCAAAAGAUAUACGAAAAUAUAGUAGUGCCAAUGACACCUUCCAGAUUGACGAAACUGUUGAAUUAAAAAACUAUAAUGAAUGGAUUUUAGGGAAAAUAGUAGGAAAAGAAGCGGGGAAGUAUAUAAUUAGUGUUUUAAGUGGACAUCGUUAUGGCAUGAUUUUUAGGCGUUAUUCGGAGGAAUUAAGAGAGUAUCAUGAUAUUCCAAAUGAAAUGGAGCAUCAAAUUAGUGAUCUUUUGGAAGAAGCAUCAUCUUCUGAACCAAAAAGUUUGAAUCAGAAGAAAACUGAAUUUGACAAGCACAGGCAGAAUUUUGUAAAUAAAAGAUAUUUACCAAUAUAUAAAGACGAAAUAUGGUCUCCAACAGAGAAUGAUUUUAAAUGGUAUUUAAUUAAAUUAAAAUCUUUCAUAAUAAUUCAGGAAGGCGUAAAUCAUCUGUUUAUUUACUCUUUUGUCUUUCCUUUCUCUGUUGAUGUUGUGAGUCAUCAGUAG